UUGGUUGGGAGGGAUUGCUUGGGGAGGAGCAGGAAGAAGGAGAAGGAGAAGCCAAAGAGGAGGAGGAAGAAGAAGAAGAGGAGGAGGAGGAGGAGAGAAGGCAAAGGCCUUGGUGCUUGGGAGAGAGAGGAAGGUGGCCCAAGGACCCGGUGGCAUGGAUCCCACCACUCCCUGCCUUGCUCCGGAGCCAGCCCGUCUACACUGAGUGGAGCCCAACCGGAUCAAGCCCAUCUGCUGAACAAAAAGCAAAACUCCCCGAGUUCCUUCGGUGGGUUCCAUUAGGAUGGUGCCACAACAGGGCUGGAUUUUGGGGCCAAUGUUGCCAGAGUCCCCUUCGACAGAAUGAGCAGGAGGGCCCCCAAACGCCGCAGCGCUGGCUCCCCAGGCUUGGAAGCUGCGGAAUGACCUCCCUGUUCGUUGGUGGGGAAAACGAACAGAAGAUUUAUCUGAGCCCGUUGACAUUUGAGGAUGUGGUCAUCUAUUUCACGGAAGCAGAGUGGGCUCUCUUGAACUGGACACAAAGAGCCCUCUACAAAGAGGUCAUGCAGGAGAAUUACCAGAAUGUGAUGUCGUUGGGCACGUCUCCCAUCUCGCAGGCCCCCACUGCCACGGCAAAAGAUACCCAGGAGUCCCAAAGGCAGCGGGCCAAAUUUUGGAGCAAGGAAGAGAUCGGGCUCUUUGUUGACCUCUGGAUCAGCCCAGAGGUGCAAAAUGAACUCCGGAACAUGUACCACAAUGAGGCCGUCUUCAAUUGGCUCUCAACGGAAAUGGGGCUGCGCGGGUACAACCGUUCAGCCCGUCAGUGCCGCGAGAAGAUGAACGCUCUGAAGAAGAAGUACAAGGAAGUCACCACUCAGAGUAAGGGCUCUGGAGUCGAUCUCAGCGUCAUGCCUUACUACAACAAACUAGCCAUGAUCCUGGAGAAAAGAGACACUACGCCCAAGUCUGGCUCAAGCGGUGCUUCUGAGAAAGGACAGUGGCAAAGACAGUCGAAUCUGGCGCUGGCCAGGCAGACCUCCCCACUUGCUCUUGGGACUUCUGGACAGGUUGCAAGAUCACCGUUAACCGCUGCACCAGUAUUACGAUCCUCACUGUCUGCCACCCAAGGCAAGCCACCUCCUCAAAAGCAGCCUCGCCUUCUGCCAGAUAGUAAGUUUGGCCUCACUCAGGCAUCCCCCACUCCCAGUGGGAGUAUGACUGCGACACAGGCGGGCAAAAACCACCUGGGUCUGCUCACUCCAAAAAUCAAGGAGGAAGAGCCACAGGAUGAGCAAAACAACUCGAUUUCCGCCGUGCUUCCAAGUACUCUCCUGCCUGUCGAAGUCCGGGUCGUGGAUGAGAACGGCAUCACCAUUGCCUCAGUGGAAUGCAAACAAGAAAAGGAGGAUGAGGACGAGGAAGAGGAAAACCCUGAAACUGCCAAGAUUGAGAUGGACUUUGACACGAAGCUCAUAAAAAGUAUUGUGGCUGACGGUGACCCUCCAGAAGCUGCGAGCAUCGAGAUGGACCCCAACGGGCUGUCAGAGUUCUCAGAGGACCUGUACGGUGAGGCCGAAGAUGUGCCCGGGGAUUUGCUGCAGUCUUUGGAAGACCGUUUCUCUUCUUACCAAGGGCUUGAAGACAGCAUUCUGGACCGGGAAAAAGGAGACCAAGAGCGCCCGCUCUCCAGAGCUUUAUCUACAGCUGAAAGUCUCAUUCAGGAACAGGAACGCAAAGCACUCGAAAACGCUGAUGCAGCCUCUAUCCUCUUGGACAUUGUGGGGUGCAAGGAUCCAAACUCUGGUGGCGAUACUGUUGGUGACGAACCCCCCUUGAGCCACGUCCUGCCGCCUGGCGACUUCGAUGGCGAUGCCCCGUUGACCAGUGCCCAAAGAGCCGCUAGAUUCAGGAACAAGAGGAAAAUAGAGAGAGCUCAGCUGGCUAAGGACCUCAUCAAAGCCACCAAGGAAACGGGGGAGCAAAUUCGGGAUGCUCUCUACGACCUUGACAGCAAGGAGUCGCAGCGGCGGGUAGAUGACCGCCGGGUGGCCUUCUGGUGUGCCAGGCAUAUUGCCAAAAGUAUACGGGACUCCAGCCAGACGAUGGCCACGGCCAUGCGUGACUCGGACGUCGCCUUCCAGCGGUGCAUGGAGAGCUAUACUGCCGCCCUGGAGAGGCAAACAACUCUGUUGGAGCGUAUUGCAGACACAUUAAGUGGCCAAGUGGCUACUCCACAAUCCUCCUCAGAGGCUUCUAGAGAUGGCACGCCUGUAAUGCUUGUACGAGAGAGUACCACGCCAUCCCCUUCCCAGUUGCCUACUAAGGGGAGUCCUGGAAGUCCCCCAAAAGAGUCUCCUCUGAUGGAGAAACCAGCCUCAGAAGAAGGAAAAGACACCUAAUGGAUGGGGUGAGAUCAGACCAAAGGCUCGAGGGAUACUCAUCCCUCCAGAUGAUAUUGGAUUGCAACUCCCAUUGCUAUCUUUUUGAAACUGGUGUUUUUUUUCCCCCUUCUUCCAAGUUGUGCAUUAAAUUUGUAUGCUUUUCUUGAUUUUAUGUUUUCAUAGAAUCCUAGAGUUGGAAGAGACCUCAUCCAGUCCAACGCCCUGCCAAGAAGCAGGAAAAAGCAGGCAUUUUAAUUGCAUUCAUGGUAUUCUAGAGUCAUAAACCACCUUGAGUCUCAUCCAUAGGAAAAAAGCAGGAAAUAAGUUGAGUCGGUCAGAUCAAAUUGUCCUUCACCAUUGGCUGUGCUGAUUGGGACUCAUGUGAUUCCAGUCUGGUAG